AUGUCGUUCUUCAUUGAUAACCCUAAUGUGGGCAACCACGAUCAUUUGGAAGACUCUCGCAUUCUCGGCUACAACCCUCUCACCCCGCCCAAUCUCCUCCAGCAUGAGAUCGCAUUGACUGAGAAGUCACGACAGACCGUACUCCAGGGACGCAAUGAAGCUGUCGAGAUUGUCCAUGGCACAGAUACCCAGCGUCAGCGUCUGAUGGUAGUGAUCGGACCAUGCUCCAUCCACGACCCGGAAAUGGCCCUCGAAUACUGCGAUCGCCUACUGAAGAUGAAGGAGAAGUACGCCGACGAUCUGCUGAUCGUGAUGCGCUCGUACCUGGAGAAGCCACGCACAACGGUCGGCUGGAAGGGCCUGAUCAACGACCCAGAUAUCGACAACAGCUUCCAGAUCAACAAGGGUCUCCGCGUAUCGCGCCAGCUGUUUGUCGACCUGACAAACAAGGGCAUGCCCAUCGCCAGCGAGAUGCUCGACACAAUCUCCCCCCAGUUCCUGGCUGACUGUCUGUCGGUCGGUGCUGUCGGUGCGCGCACCACCGAGUCCCAGGUCCACCGUGAGCUUUCCUCCGGUCUGUCCUUCCCCGUCGGAUUCAAGAACGGAACCGACGGUUCGCUCGAUGUCGCUGUUGAUGCUAUUGGCUCCGUCAAGCACCCCCACCACUUCCUGUCCGUCACGAAACCCGGUGUCGUCUCCAUUGUCGGAACCGUUGGUAACCCUGAUUGCUUCGUUAUCCUUCGCGGAGGAAAGAAGGGCCCUAACUACGAUGCUGCCAGCAUCGCGGAGGCCAAGUCUAAGCUUAGUGCUAAGGGCAUGCGUCCCCGUCUUAUGGUUGACUGCAGCCACGGUAACUCUGAGAAGAACCACAAGAACCAGCCUAAGGUCGCUGCUGUGCUUGCUGAGCAGCUCGCUGCCGGCGAGGAUGCUAUUAUGGGUGUUAUGAUUGAGAGUAAUAUCAACGAGGGCAACCAGAAGGUCCCCGCAGAAGGCAAGGCUGGUCUCAAGUACGGUGUCAGUAUCACGGAUGCUUGCAUCAACUGGGAGGAUACCGAGUCAGUACUGGAAACUCUGGCUCAAGGUGUUCGCGCUCGUCGCGAAAAAUCGCAAACGAAAUAA